AUUAACAACAAAAUAGAAUAUUUAAACCUACUUUCAAAUAAAAAAAUGUUGAAAUUUACCGUUCUUGCUCUCAUUGCAGUGUCUUCUGUUAACGCUCAAGGCGAUUAUCACACUUCAGCAAGCAAACAAUUCGGAGACGCCAAUCGCAAUGUCGUUCUCAGCGGUUACGGUUCUCAACCAGCAAAUGGUCCGCCAACUCUCGGAGGCGCAGCAACGUUCAACGCAAAUAAUCAUGCCGCUUCUCUCGGCGGAUCUCAUACACUCGGCGUUGGAAGUCAAGUAACGGGAUCAGGUAGCUUAAAUUUGGCGAAUUCAGGACCUCACAGAUUGGAUGCCAACGCUUUUCACACACACAAUUUCCCGAAUCACGGAAAGAGCUUCGGUACAUCAGGCGGCGGUUUGGGAUACACGCAUGCUAAUGGACAUGGAUUGUCGGGAAGUGUCUCGCAUACUCCAAUGUUCAAGCAAACGGAGACUCGUGUGCAAGGAAAUGUAAAUUUGUUUAAAGAUCGUCAUAGCAGCUUGGAUGCUCAUGUUGGAAGAAGUCAAAGUUUCAGCCCGUACGGAAAUAGUCGCCCAAAUCAUUUUGGAGGAAUUACUUAUCAACGUAGAUUUUAAGAAAAAUAUUCUGAAAAUUAAAAAAAAAAAUUAGAAUAAGGCCGCUCCAAAUGAUAAUCAAAAAUAAAGUCCGAUGCCCCAUUUUAAAAGUCGAAAAUCCAAUGGGGCAAAAUAAAUAAAAAAGUUAAAAAUUUAACCAAAAAUGACCGUUUUGCAGUGUAUUUUCAUAAU